ACGCGCGCAGGAAGACCCGAAUCGCAACGAAGAACCACAGAUCAGCGCGAUUCCGGCAGCAGACACGGAACGCAAGAGAAGCCCAGAGGUGCGAUUAAAAGCAGGCGCAGCCGCCAGAAGAUACACCGGCAUCGGCAGCUCACGACUCCCACAUCAUCGGGCUCGGCCCGAACGGAAUCCGCGCGGAAGAAGACGCAAAAAAGGCCCCAAAAAGGGUGAGUGCCACGCCAAAGACGCCAUCUUGAACGGGAUACUAAUGUUGGUUUCUGCAGGGCCUUUUGUGUGGAGUUUUCGCUCGACGGGCGCAGCAUCGCACGGAGCAAGUGGCAAUCGGCCAGCAUCGCCGUCGGACACUGUGACCAGCGGCGGAUCGGCUGGGCGAGCGGACAUCGGCCGAAAUCACUGUCGAACGUUGUGCCUACGGCGUUUCGGCGGAGCGGCGAGUGGAAGACAUUCAUCACAUCGGCUCGGAGAAGUCGUGUGCCAGCGAGCCGGAUUUGAAGAACGGCGACGUGCGCCGAGGAGCAGCAUCGCCAAGGGCGGUGGCGGAAGAACACAGCUGGAUGAGCGGGCUGAGCAGCACGCGAAGGGGGUAGGAAGAACAGUGGCGCCACUGGUAAGAAGAAAACCGCGCAUGUCUCGCGCUUAGAUAU